GCCAAUUCCACAACUACCUGAUGAAGGACAGAAACUUCUGAUCUCUGUGGAAACAAAAGAGAUGAUUCUGACAGCAGUGUUCCUGUGUCUCACAACUGUGCUGCCUCCAUCCACUGGACAGGAAACUGCAGCUCUCAGUGCUCUGUCAAGCAGCAGAGCAGAGCAGCAAAAGUUGAUUGUUGACAGACAUAAUGCCCUCAGGAGAGGAGUAAAACCAACUGCCAGCAACAUGAUGAAGAUGGAAUGGUGUCCUGCAGCUGCAGAGAAUGCCCAAAAUUGGGCCAAUCAAUGUACUUUAAGCCACAGUCCUCCUAACCUGAGGAGAACCAAUGUACAAUGUGGUGAAAAUCUCUUCAUGUCCUCUGUCCCAUUUUCAUGGUCACAUGUUCUUCAGGCCUGGUACAAUGAGGAGAAAAAUUUUGAAUAUGGAACUGGGGCAAAAACAAAAGGUGCAAUGUUUGGCCAUUACACCCAGAUGGUUUGGCACAAUUCUUAUAAAAUUGGAUGUGGUUUCGCUUUCUGCAGCAACACUACGUACAGUUACUUUUAUGUCUGCCAGUACUGCCCCGCGGGAAACCUAAUAAGUUCAAUGAAGACACCCUACAAGGAAGGAGAGCCCUGUGGGGAUUGCCCCAGUGCUUGUGAGGAUGGACUAUGCACCAAGCCUUGCCAUAAAAUGUUUGCAACAGAGACUAAUGGAUUUUGGGGCUUUGUUUUUGGUUUUUUUCCCCCUGUAGAAAUGGAUCUACUAACUGCAAUUAUUCUUCUGGCUGCUUUGCUACACCAAUCUGAUGGACAGGGUUUUCCAUAUAAAAAUGUGAAAUCUUUCUCCUUUCCACAUUUUAAGUCUCAAAAUGAAAAACAGAUCCUUGAUCUACACAAUGAAAUACGGAGAUCUGUAAUUCCCACAGCCAGGAACAUGCUGAAGAUGGUGUGGAGUGAGAAAACUGCCAAAAAUGCUCAGAAAUGGGCAAAUCAGUGUGGGAUGAAAGUCAGUCCAAGAGACAGGAGAGUUAUUAAUGGUGUCACCUGUGGUGAGAAUGUGUUACUGUCAUCCUACCCAAGGACAUGGGGUGAUGCAAUUCAAGUGUGGUUCAGUCAGUCCUCCAAUUUCAAGUAUGGAUAUGGAGCAAUCUCAAAAAAUGUCAAUGUUGAGAGCUACACUCAGCUAAUCUGGUACAACAGUUACAAGGUGGGAUGUGGAGUUUCCUACUGUCCCACAGGCCCCUACAAGUACUUUUAUGUUUGCCAAUACUGCCCUGCAGGAAAUAACCCAAUGCAAAUAGCUAUGCCUUACAGAAGUGGACCUAAAUGUGCUGACUGUCCUGGCCACUGUGAAAAAGGACUUUGCACCAACCCUUGCAAGUAUCAAGACCUCCUUGGAAACUGCAAAAAUCUGAAAAUGUUGUUUGGCUGUAGCCACUCACUGGUGAAGAAGCAGUGUCCUGCAAGCUGCAAAUGCACCACUCAAAUCAUCUAAAGUCCUGCUGGGUGUCAUUACAGCUGCUGAGAGAUUAUAAGGAAAGAGUACAAGCCACUGCAAAGUGUAUUCACUCUCAGUGCAUCUGCUCAGAUUGACCUGUAGGUAAUAAUUUUAUCUGAAAUCUGACCCUUACUUCAGCCUUAAAUUAGACUAGUAGCUCAAAAUAACCUCUGAUGUUAUUUUAGGUUUUGUAGAAAUCAUGUUUUAAGUUACUAAUGUGUUACUUUGUGUCUUUCCUUGCAGUGGAUCUGCCACUGAUUUAUUUCUCUUUAAUAGGAAACCCACUUUUAAAACACUUCAGGGUUUUUUGCAUUAGAUGCCACUCAGUUUUCUUCUGUUGACUUUUUUUUCAUUGUUAAUGGAAUGUCCUCCUGCUAAAUAAA